AUGUAUAACAUGCAAAAGACAAUAAUAUGGUCAAAGACAAAGAUAUUUUUUACAUUCUUUGCAUUUGUGUUCUCUAUUUCAAUUGUUUUCUUUAGCUUGCUCCCUAUAUUCAACCAGACUUUGCAGGGUGAAAAUGUGUUUACAAUCCUUGUAGGCAUCAUUCACGCUCUAAGAAUGGUAGAGUUUCUGUUUAUACUAACAGGAGGCCAAUGGUUUGUGUGGUUAUUCACAACAUACAUGAUGAAUAUACUGGCGCUGUCCUUGUUUUCAUACUCAGAUGUGGUGGCAAUGAUGAACACCGCAGUAAGCGGGGGUGACUCAGGUGCUCCUGCCCCAGAGGCAUAG